GGCGGGGCGUGCGGGGCGCGGCGGCUCCGCGGGGCCCGUGGGCGGCGCGGGGCGGCGGCGGGGCCCGGCGGCCGGAGCGAAGCUCGGCGGGGUGCGGGCGCAGAAUCUAAAAAUUUCUGUUGGCAUCACUGAACUUGUCAAAUUCUAACAAAACAGAAGCCAAAUCUGAUUGUUUGGAGCGUGAAAUACACCUAUGUAUGUAUUAAUGUGCACCAUGAUUAGAAGCUUGUAUGUCUCUCAAACAUCAGCAGGGGAUGCGAGUAAAAUACUGAAGUAAUCGGGAAUGAAACUAGGGAGAGUAAAGAUCUGGAAGAAAGAGUAAACAACACUUAAUAACUUUAAGCUAUGAUAAUGCAUCAUGCGUGGAGACUUGACACAAGUGUUUGACACUUUCUGAGCUCUCCAGAACAUUCCAGAUGGAAGAAGUUAGUGUUAUCCAGCAUUCCUGCUGAAUAUAUAACUUACUGCCAUUUCUGAUCUUUGAAGAGAGAUUUAUCGCUUCCUGUGGCAAUACUGAAUACUCAAAAGAUUCAGUCAUUGUGGAUCUAAACUAUUGGUAUAAGGUACAGUAACUGGUAGGAAGAGAGCUGAAGAUAAAAGCCAGAAAUAAAAGGUUGGGAGAAUGCAGGAAGGUGAAAUGGAAGGUGAGGCAGUUGAAGCUAUUGUGGAGGAAUCAGAAACUUUUAUUAAGGGGAAAGAGAGAAAAACCUAUCAGAGACGCCGUGAAGGUGGGCAGGAGGACGAUGCUUGUCAUAUGCCACCAAAUCAAGCAGAUGGAGGUGAAGUAGUGCAGGAUGUCAACAGUGGUGUGCAGAUGGUGAUGAUGGAACAGCUGGAUCCAACCCUUCUUCAAAUGAAGACUGAAGUAAUGGAAGGUGCAGUGCCUCAAGAAACAGAGGCCACGGUGGAUGACACACAGAUCAUAACACUUCAGGUUGUUAAUAUGGAAGAGCAGCCUAUAAACCUUGGUGAGCUUCAGCUGGUCCAAGUACCUGUACCAGUGACUGUACCUGUUGCCACCACGUCUGUGGAAGAACUUCAGGGAGCUUAUGAAAAUGAGGUUUCCAAAGGAGGCCUGCAAGAGGGAGAGCCCAUGAUCUGUCACACCCUCCCUUUACCAGAAGGCUUCCAAGUAGUGAAAGUGGGUGCAAAUGGUGAGGUGGAGACACUGGAACAAGGUGAACUUCAGCCACAGGAAGAUCCCAAUUGGCAAAAAGAUCCAGACUAUCAGCCACCAGCCAAAAAAACAAAGAAAAACAAAAAGAGUAAGCUUCGCUACACCGAGGAAGGCAAAGAUGUGGAUGUCUCUGUGUAUGACUUUGAAGAGGAGCAGCAGGAGGGUUUGUUGUCAGAGGUCAAUGCAGAAAAGGUGGUGGGCAAUAUGAAACCACCUAAACCAACAAAAAUUAAAAAGAAAGGUGUAAAGAAGACAUUCCAGUGUGAACUGUGCAGUUACACUUGUCCGCGUCGUUCCAACUUGGACCGCCACAUGAAAAGCCACACUGAUGAAAGACCACAUAAGUGCCAUCUCUGUGGCAGGGCUUUUCGGACAGUCACAUUGCUGAGGAACCACCUCAACACUCACACAGGUACUCGCCCUCACAAGUGCCCAGACUGCGACAUGGCCUUUGUGACCAGUGGAGAGUUGGUUCGGCAUCGCCGCUACAAACAUACCCAUGAGAAACCCUUCAAAUGUUCAAUGUGUGAUUAUGCUAGUGUGGAGGUUAGCAAAUUGAAACGGCACAUCCGUUCUCACACUGGAGAGCGUCCGUUCCAGUGCAGCUUGUGCAGCUAUGCCAGCAGGGAUACCUACAAACUGAAGAGACACAUGAGGACCCACUCUGGAGAGAAGCCAUAUGAAUGUUACAUCUGCCAUGCUCGCUUCACUCAGAGUGGUACCAUGAAGAUGCACAUUUUGCAGAAGCACACAGAGAACGUGGCCAAAUUUCACUGUCCUCACUGUGAUACUGUUAUAGCGAGAAAGAGUGACUUGGGCGUCCAUUUGCGAAAGCAGCAUUCCUACAUUGAACAGGGCAAGAAGUGUCGCUAUUGUGAUGCUGUGUUUCAUGAGCGGUAUGCCCUCAUACAGCAUCAAAAGUCUCACAAGAAUGAGAAGCGCUUCAAGUGUGACCAGUGCGAUUAUGCAUGCAGACAGGAGCGGCACAUGGUCAUGCAUAAACGGACCCAUACUGGAGAAAAGCCUUAUGCCUGUAGCCAUUGUGAUAAAACUUUCCGUCAGAAACAGCUCCUCGAUAUGCACUUCAAACGAUAUCACGAUCCCAACUUUGUCCCUGCUGCCUUUGUCUGUUCCAAGUGUGGCAAAACAUUCACUCGCAGGAACACAAUGGCCAGACAUGCUGAUAACUGCUCUGGCCUAGACGGUGGGGAAGGAGAGAAUGGAGGAGAAACGAAGAAGGGCAAACGUGGCCGAAAGAGAAAGAUGCGGUCUAAGAAAGAAGAUUCCUCUGACAGUGAGGAAAAUGCUGAACCAGAUUUGGAUGAUAAUGAAGAUGAGGAGGAGACAGCAGUAGAAAUUGAGGCUGAACCAGAAGUUGAGCAAGAGGCUCCUGCACCACCUCCCAGUAAGAAACGAAGAGGAAGACCACCAGGCAAAGCUGCCACCCAACCAAAACAAUCCCAGCCUGCAGCAAUCAUUCAGGUUGAAGACCAGAACACUGGUGAAAUUGAAAAUAUUAUAGUUGAAGUAAAGAAAGAACCUGAUGCAGAAACAGUAGAGGAAGAGGAGGAAGCUCAGCCUGCAGUAGUGGAAGCUCCCAAUGGAGACCUCACUCCUGAGAUGAUUCUCAGUAUGAUGGACCGGUGAUGGAGGAAGACCACACUGGCUGACUGAACUGGCCUGGGCUGUGUUUAAGCGGCUCAAAUCUAUUUUUCCUUUUACCUUUUUUCUUGGCUUUGGGAAAUGCAUCAUUUUAGACCAUUUUACCAAACAUACUGGGAAAUAAAACUUCAAAAUGAUGUUAGAAUGUGAUUUAACUAGAAGUUGCUGUUUUAUGUUAGCAUUACAGGAUCAUGGAACAUUAGGAAAUAUUUUGGAGUCCUUGAGGGUUUCCUGUGAGAUGCUUGAUUUUGUUUUGCUCUGAACUGCAUUGUAAAGCUGGUCCAAGGGCCAUGUUUACAUGCACCAAGUUUUAAUAUACAAAAGCGGGAGCCUUGGCCUAGAGUAUGUGGUAAACCACUCCGGACUUGCCCUUCUGGUUCCCAGAGUCCUUGAGUCUCCUUCUCUCAGUAGUGUUUUUAACUGUAAAUGCAGACUAGGGAGGGUUCUAGACUUUUAAAAUGUUUCUGCUUUUCCCCACUGACUAGCUCUGGUUCUCCAAGUCGGCUGCACACGGUAGUUUUGGCAUGCUCCAACUGGUUUCUGUCCUUAAUAUGCUUUGCUUUCUGCAAAGCAUUUCUGUAAUGGUCAAGCUUGUAAAUAACUUUUUUUUACAUUUUAAUCUUUUUCCAUUAAUUAAAAGGUAUGCAAAAAUACAGUUUAAAUAAACCCCAGUAUUUUAAUGCCUUUCAAACUAAGUGACGAGAAUUGAUAGAGUGUAAAUGUUGGAAAAGCUGUUGAUAACCAAUCAUGUAGAGAAGAGACGUACCCAGGCUAUUGCUUGCAGAACGAGAGAAACCCACAUCUGAAAUCUGGUUUUGAAGCACACAAAACUGGCAUUUGAAACAAGUAUAAUUAACCUUCUUUUUGAGUUAUAAUUUCACAACUACAUUUCCUUUGCUCUAUCUUGUAGUUGUAUUUUGUGUUUAUGAAUCCUUUGUUAAGGCAGAAGUGGUGAUUUAUAAGUGGGUCACUGCAGCCCUCAAAACCUGGGCCAGGAAAUUUUAAUAGGUCAGUAAUUAUACAAUUUUGGAUCUCUGAUAAAGACGAAAAGGAAUAAUGUGAAAUACAAAUGAUGCCUGUAUAUGAACUGUCACAUGUUAAAAUAUGUAAGCUUUUUAUAGAGCCUCAGUCUUGCUGAUUUCAAACAAAUUUUUCUUCUAUGUAUCGCUUUUAAGAGAGCUAUCAGUUUAGCUAUCAGACUCUAGGUUGAUGCAUUUUUGUACUUAGCUGUACUGUGUGAUAUUUUUCAUUAUUUUAGGAAGCCAACAUGGGAAAAAAUACUGUUAUAAAAUAUGUAAUGGGGUUUGAAAGCUGGGAAGGAGAAUAUACUGCUGUACAGCUAAUAAAUAAUAAUGGAUUAACAUGUGUA